ACUUUAUUGGAAAAGAACAAUAUAAGUAUUGUGACGUAUGAAAGUUUUACGGAUAAUCCACGAGUUGCUAUUGAAAAUCUUAAGAAAAAGGACGCCAGGAUAAUUUUUGGAUUUUUUUACCKAGCGGAUCAUUAUAGAGUUUUCUGUGAGACAUACAAACAGGGAAUGUAUGGCGAUAAGUACGUUUGGAUCUUAAUAUCAGGACGAAAUGACGACAACUGGUGGAAAGUACAAAGUCCAUCAGUCGACUGCACGCCCAAGGAAAUCCGCGAGGGUCUGGGUAACAAUAUAGGUACAGGAGAAAUGAAGCUAAGCACUAACUCUGGGAAAACCAUAUCGGGAAAGACUCCAUUACAACUUUGGGAAAGUUACAUCAACCGUGCAAAGACUUCUGGGUAUCCAAUCAACUCCUUCGCGCCAUUUGGUUACGACGCAGCUUGGGCAUGCGCGUUGACUCUCAAUGUUUCCAUAGGGAUUCUCAAAAACAAAGGCAUAUCUUUAGAGGACUUUAACUAUACUAAUACGUAUAUGAAAAACGUGUUUUUUGACAUACUGAAGGAGAUAUCUUUUUCUGGAAUGACGGGCCGUAUUCAUUUUGACAAGAAUUUUGACAGGAUCACAAAACUAGAGAUCCGACAAAUACAAGGAGAUACAGAAAGGCGUGUUGGAUUGUAUGACAUGGMAAAAGAAACAUACAUUGAUUCUCCUAAUGCAACAUAUUAUUGGCAAGGAGGAAGGGUACCAGUGGAUGGACUGACAGAGACAACUAUGGAACUGAUCGUCAGCCCUUGGUUAUUCUGGACGAUAGCAACGUUAUCGAUUAUUGGAAUCCUAAUAGCUUURAGCUUUUUAGCGUUUAACAUACGCAACAAAGAAGUCAGAUAUAUCAAGAUGUCGUCUCCCAACCUCAACAAUCUUCUCGUGAUUGGCUGCAUCAUGGUCUACAUUGGCGGAAUCAUUAAUGGUUACCACGGAAACCACUACCAUAUUGUUUGCAAGAGUGAAGUGUGGAUUGUUACYAUUGGUUUUACGCUGGCAUUUGGYGCUCUUUUUAGCAAGACUUGGCGAGUUCACGUGAUCUUUUUAAACUCCAAUAAAACGUCAAAAAGRGUUAUUAUACGUGACAGACAGCUAUUUAGCAUGGUGGGGAUGUUUCUGCUGAUUGACUUGGUAAUGCUCAUAACGUGGCAAGCGGUCGAUCCAUUGGUAGAGCGUACACAAAAUAUGCCCCAGGAGAUAUCUGGAGACACAGCAAUCUUACCAUACAUCCGAUAYUGUGGCUGCAACCGAUUGGAAAUAUGGAAAGCUAUUAUGUUCGUCUAUAAGGGACUCUURCUWCUUUUUGGCACAUAUUUGGCUUGGGAAACCCGUAAAGUGCACAUUCCAGCUUUGAAUGACAGCAAGUUAAUUGGGAUGUCUGUGUAUAAUGUAGUGGUACCSUGUGUUCUUAUCAUUCCAAUCAGAACAGUACUGGAAAGCAAUCGAACAGCAUCAUUUGCCUUGGUAUCAUUUUUGACAAUAUUUUGUACGACAUUCACGCUAUGCAUCGUGUUUAUUCCUAAGAUUAUCUUCUUGAAAAACAAUGAUGGCAAUGAUAUAGCGGCAUGUACUACGAACUCUGUUGGCAUUAAAACUGGACAUCCGCAGGCCGAUCAGAACUCUCUUGGUGUAUCGACAUCUCAUACUGAGCCUGGUAAUGUAAAGCUCGACAUCUGAAUACAUUAAAGAGAAGCUCGACGCAGUUCGAGUUUGUUCAUUGAAGGCUUCAAGCUCAACGAGGAUUAGGUGUGACUCAUUAUCCUCAACCGAAGCCUGCAUUUCGCUCACAAUACAAGCACCAACAGCCUGUGAAGCGCAGCUCUAGGGGUGGGUUGGGGUGCAAAGAUAUGUAUAAAUUGCACUGAAAUUUGUUAUGUUAAAGAUGUUUUCAGUGAAGAAUAACAAAUCAGAAAUAAUCUGGUAAAUACUGGCAACGCUCAAAAGUCGAAUGAUCUCAGAUUGUUACAAAAUGAAAUCAGUAUCACGAAGUCCUGAAUCAAAUAUUCUUUGAAGUGGCAGCGCAAAGGCCGAGAAUUGAAAGAUUUGAUAAUUGUAAUUUAUGAAUUGUAAAUAAGCUAUAUUCCUAUCAGUUUAUCUGAUUUUAUUAUUCGAUUAAAUAAAUAUGCAAAUAUUCA